AUGAAAAUCACAUUUUUCUUUGCUGUGUUGUUCUUACUGGAUCUCUUUGCUUGCUGUCAUGCUUAUCCACAAUAUCCCUUGCCUGACAUAGAAGAUGCAAAGUUCAUUGAAGACUGUGUGAGAGCUCACAACAUGUUUCGAUCCAAAGUGAAUCCACCAGCCAGCAAUAUGUUUCGCAUGUCCUGGGACGCUGCUUUAGCUAAAACUGCCAAAGCGUGGGCAAAGAAGUGCAAGUUUAAGCACAAUAGCUACCUUAAAAUAAGAGGGAAGGUGCACCCCACCUUUACUCCUGUUGGAGAAAACAUCUGGACUGGCACAGCCACCAUCUUCUCUGUGGACAGAGCUCUCAGUGGCUGGUUUAAUGAAGUCAGCAGCUAUCAUUUCAACACCAAUAGAUGUACUGACAUGUGCGGUCACUACACCCAGGUCGUUUGGGCAGAGACUUACAAAGUUGGCUGCGCAGUUCUCUUCUGCAAUACAGUUGAAAAUUUUCCAGGACUCUUCAGAGCAGCACAUUUUGUUUGCAACUAUGGGCCAGCGGGGAAUUACCCAAGAAAACCAUAUGAAGCAGGAAGACCAUGCAGUGGAUGCAGUAGUGAGACGUGUGUAGACAAUCUCUGUGAAAAUACAGAACGUGAGAAGCUGAUAAAUUAUGCCUACUGGUAUCCGGACUGGGAUACGCAGCCCCAGCCACCGCGGCCCCAUCCCCCCAGGCCUCCCACGCCGCCGUACAUCCCACCCGCUGAGCAUCCGCAUCCCUCUUGUGACCAGUACUGUCUUAGUGUUUCAAUUUUAAGGCCACUGUUUUUGGUACUGAGUGCUGGAGUCGAUUGCUAG